CAUUGGCUGGGUAGGAACCUGGUUUCAGGGCUGCGCACCCGGAGGACCUUGUUGGGCGACGCACCGGACGUCGCCUUCUGGAGGAAUCAGGCGGCGAAGCUGGAGCGGCGGUGGCGGCGACGGCGAGAGGCCGGGGCUGAGGCCGGGGCCGGGGCUGUGAGGGCUGUGGGGCGACAGACGGCAGCGACCCGGGGACCGAGCCCGGAAGCAGGAGUGGCCGCCAUGGCCGAGAACAUCAUAAUCCGUGUCCAGUCCCCAGAUGGGGUGAAGCGGAUCACAGCAACAAAGAGAGAAACAGCUGCCACAUUUUUGAAGAAGGUGGCAAAGGAGUUUGGUUUCCAAAACAAUGGCUUUUCGGUGUACCUUAAUAGAAACAAGACUGGAGAGAUAACAGCAUCAUCUAGUAAAUCUCUCCACUUGCUGAAAAUCAAGCAUGGCGAUUUGUUGUUCCUGUUUCCCUCCAACCUUGCUGGACCUUCAUCUGAAAUGGAGACGUCAGCCUCAGUAGGGCUAAAGGCCUUUGGCCCUCCCAAUGUGGUAGAGGAUGAGAUUGAUCAGUACCUCAGCAAGCAGGAUGGGAAGAUCUACAGAAGCCGGGACCCACAGCUAUGCCGUCAUGGCCCCUUGGGAAAGUGUGUGCACUGUGUCCCACUGGAGCCAUUCGAUGAGGACUACCUGAACCACCUGGAGCCUCCAGUGAAACACAUGUCCUUCCAUGCCUACAUUCGGAAGCUGACUGGAGGCGCUGACAAGGGGAAAUUCGUUGCCUUGGAGAACAUCAGCUGCAAGAUUAAGUCAGGGUGUGAGGGACACCUCCCGUGGCCUAAUGGCAUCUGCACCAAGUGCCAGCCCAGCGCCAUCACGCUGAAUAGACAGAAAUACAGACACGUGGACAACAUCAUGUUUGAGAAUCACACUGUUGCUGACCGCUUCCUUGACUUCUGGAGGAAGACAGGGAACCAGCAUUUUGGGUACUUAUACGGACGGUACACGGAGCAUAAAGACAUUCCCCUUGGCAUCAGGGCUGAAGUGGCUGCAAUUUACGAACCUCCUCAGAUUGGUACACAGAACAGCCUGGAACUUCUAGAAGAUCCGAAAGCUGAGGUAGUUGAUGAGAUUGCUGCCAAACUUGGCCUAAGGAAGGUUGGCUGGAUAUUCACAGACCUCGUCUCAGAAGAUACUCGCAAGGGCACAGUCCGAUACAGUCGAAAUAAGGACACCUAUUUUCUGAGUUCAGAAGAGUGCAUCACUGCAGGAGACUUCCAAAACAAGCAUCCCAACAUCUGUCGGCUCUCCCCUGAUGGCCAUUUUGGAUCCAAGUUUGUUACUGCAGUGGCCACAGGUGGUCCCGACAACCAGGUCCACUUCGAAGGGUACCAAGUGUCCAAUCAGUGUAUGGCGUUGGUCCGCGAUGAAUGUCUGCUGCCGUGUAAGGAUGCCCCUGAGCUUGGCUACGCCAAGGAAUCCAGCAGCGAGCAGUACGUGCCUGAUGUGUUUUAUAAGGAUAUAGACAAGUUCGGCAACGAGAUCACACAGCUGGCCCGGCCCCUGCCAGUGGAGUAUCUGAUCAUAGAUAUCACAACAACCUUCCCCAAGGAUCCAGUUUAUACUUUUUCUAUUUCGCAAAAUCCAUUUCCUAUUGAAAACCGGGAUGUACUGGGUGAGACACAGGACUUUCACAGUUUGGCUACCUAUUUGUCCCAGAAUACCUCAUCUGUGUUCUUGGAUACCAUCUCAGAUUUCCACCUCUUGCUGUUUCUGGUCACCAACGAAGUUAUGCCUCUACAGGACAGCAUCAGCCUGCUUCUGGAGGCAGUGAGGACCAGAAAUGAGGAGCUAGCACAGACAUGGAAGAAGUCUGAGCAGUGGGCCACGAUCGAGCAGCUCUGCAGCACCGUUGGCGUGCAGCUUCCAGGCCUCCACGAAUAUGGCGCUGUCGGAGGCUCCACACAUGCUGCUGCUGCCGCCAUGUGGGCCUGCCAGCACUGCACCUUCAUGAACCAGCCAGGCACAGGUCACUGCGAGAUGUGCAGCCUUCCCAGGACCUAGGGCUCCAGCCCUCUGCUGGGUGGACUGGGCUAGCCCAGCCUUCUGAAGCCAGGAGUGCGAUGUGUCCCCUGCACGGCCAAAGCCAGCAGACCUGCAGGGGCAGGACCAGCUGCCCUGGUGUUGGACCCACCAAAGUUUCUCAGCUCCGAUCCUGGAGAGGUAGCUCUGGCAGGUGUACUGGGCCUGAAUACAGUCAGCCUACCAACUGGAAUCACCGAGCAGCGCUGCCCAGGAAAACCCCACACGCCUUGCACAGUGCACAACCCCACCACGGUGGAAGAACUGGCACCUCCACAUUGUCACCUGGGGUGGGGGUGCAGGGAGGGGCGGCUGCUGCCACCAGCUUUCCUUUCCUCUCUUUUCAGUGCUUUUUGUUUUUCAUCCCCACCCUGUAUGUUUGGUUGGGAGCUCUUAGCUGCCUCUGUUCUGUUCCUCUGGGGUAGCAGCCCCUGUCCAACAGGGCCAUGUCCUUCCCAUGUGAGUGGCUGCCAUCUGGUGGGAACACAUGUGACCAGGCCAUAGCCUUCUCAUUUUGACCUGCAGGUUAGUGGGCUGCCUUCCCUUUUCUCAUCUAGCAACCAGGUGGAAUUUUAAAGUCUGCCUUGGUUGUGAUAAUAGUUACCAGUAAUUCGUGCCCCACAAGACUUUUAUUUAUUGUUUUAAAAUAAAACUACACAAAAGGCGAGAGACAGACACUAGGCUAGUGUUGUCUUCUCCCUUCUUUAGUACAGCCCUUCUGGGUGUUCAGGGUGGUGAGUAGACAGGGGCACUGUCAGUUCGCCUCACAAACCUCAGUGCCUGAGACUUUUCUACCAAGCCACACAGCUGUGGCAGCUGUGUGAUGUGGGUGGCUGAGUAAGAGUAGAGUGGCAGCCCUCAACCGGCAGGCAACCCUUCCAGACAGCUGUGAAGGGUGGGCACUGGAGCCCUGGUCCUCUUCCCAACACUGCUCCUCUCCCCAUGGCCGCUUUGCGCUGUGACCAUUGAAAUGGGCCUGAAGAGAGGGCCUUGUGAAGCCUCUGGGACUUUGGCGGUAGAUACUGUGUGAGGUCCAGAAAUCCAGAACAGGUCCCAGUGGUUAUAAAAGUGCCAUGUGACUGGUUUGGCCCUUUCCCAGGCGAGUUGUGAGCAUUUUAAUGCCUCUUUACCUUAAUGAGAGCCAAAUCAGCUAUGCUGGCCCUGGAAAAGGCCAGCAUAGUAGUAGACAGUUGGGAAACUGUCACCGUGGAGUAGCAAGCCCGUGAAGUACCCCCUAGUCCUUGGACCUGUGGACAGACAAACCUGGCCUCCUUGCCAUGGGACCUUAUGACGGCCAAUAUUUCAUUUGCUCCUGGGGCUGUGGGCCUAUUGUAUUAGGUCAGGCCACGGCUGUUGGGGAGGUCAAAGGAGGAGGAAAGUAGUCAGGUGAGUAGUCUGUCUGCCAGCGUACUAUGGAGCUCAUGCCGAAGCAGGUUGGCCGGCCUGCCUCCUGGCAGCUGCCUUGACUGGGGGACUUUGUCCUGUCUCACCUGAGCCCUAAGGGCAGCUGUGAGACGAUGCUGUGCUGAUUCUCACCUGUUUCCAAGGCCAUUUAUGCCAGCACUGCUGCCCAUCCUGGGCAGGCAAUGGACAGUACAGACUUCUAGAGACCUUGCUGCCACCGCUGCCAUUAUCUCCUGUCCCACUCACUCUUGUUUUUAUCCACCAAGCUCAUUUCUUUUCCUCCUCAACCAAUAUUUUUCUUGCUCUGAAGUUCUGGCAUUCACAUAGUUGUUUUCCUUUGUCUUUUAGCUAAAGAAAAAAAUGUUGUGAUUUCUCUGCUUACGGUUUUUUUGAGUUACUCUUUGUUCAGUAAUGCACUUUAUUUUGUUGUCCAAAGAGAGUCAAUCUAAUGCUACCAGCUGGGCCGAGCCCUGCCUAGGGUUAGGCCUGGCUGGUCACACCUUACAUGGGAGUGACUCCAGCCCCACCUCACAUCCCCUGUGGAUACCCCACUCAUGUCAGCAGGUACCAUAGCCCAGAGAGGAGUGCCAGGGUGCAUGUCUGUCUAGGUAAACACAGCAGCUGCUGAGGUCUCAUCCUGGCCCAAAGGUGCAGUCUGGCCCCGCUCACCCAGCCCACCUCCAACAGUCUGCUCCCGGGACAUAGGUGCUCUGCUUCAGCUUGCUUUGGGCUCACAGGUGUGUGUUGGCUGGAUUUGGACUAGCAUUACCUUGACCCCAGCCUUGCAGUGGAACCUAAUAAAAAGCGCCUGAAGCGAC